AUGAAGUUUCGCAAUCCCUUCGGGUUCACGCCCGGACCGGUCACUUUCUGGACCGUCGUUGUCUACAUCGCCUUUAUUUUCCCACUUGUCUAUAUCCAUGAGGCAGUUCCUCCGCCUCCACGCUCACCCACGCCUUCUACUGGCAUUAAUCUGACAGAAGCAUGGCUCGACCUGACCCAAAUAACCAAGCACUAUCACCCUUACAACAGUCGCGCCAACGAGCAGGUUGGAGAUUACAUUGCGCAACGAAUUGAAGAGAUCCUUGGGCGUAAUGGAGUUGACUGGACAAAGGAACAAUCCGGAGAGGUUCGGCGGCACCCUAACCUCCGUCCUGAAUCCCCGGCCGCCCGCCUCCCCGCGGUCCGACGCUCUUCUGGCCCGGCCGCGGCGGUUUUCGUUGACGACCUCUCAAACGUCACCUGGGCUACCAGCGUAGGUAUGCUUGGCAACCGUAUCACCGGAUCAGGAACCUACUUUGAAGGCACCAAUAAAAUAGUCUACGUCCGCGGCACAGAAGACGAAGACGGGGAGUGGUGGAAGUCCGGCAAAACGGAUAUGCGCGUAGUUGGCCGGGGAGGUGUUCUCGUCAAUGCGCACUACGACUCGGUCGCGUCUGGAUACGGGGCAACCGAUGAUGGUAUGGGGUGUGUGAGCUUACUUCAGAUGCUGAGUUACUUCACCACGCCUGGACAACAGCCGAAGCGUGGCAUUGUGUUUCUCUUCAACAACGCCGAGGAGGAUGGUCUUUUGGGAGCCAAGGCCUUUGCCUGCAGCCCCCUCCUGACCUUCCCUACGACCUUUGUGAACUUGGAAGGCGCUGGCGCCGGGGGCCGUGCCAUGCUCUUCCGGGCCACGGACAAGGAAGUGACGCAGUCGUAUCGCAAGGCCCGUCACCCCUUCGGCGACGUCAUUGCUUCGGAUGGGUUCUCUCUUGGACUUAUCCGGAGUCAGACCGACUACGUUGUUUGGGAAGGUGUCUACGGCCAGCGUGGACUCGACAUUGCAUUCUACAGGCCGCGCGCUAGGUAUCACACCAACCAGGACGAUACACGCCACGCCUCUCGUGCCAGUCUGUGGCAUAUGCUCUCGGGCUCCCUCGCAGCUGUGGAAUCUCUUUCGCACGAUACCAGCGGCACCUUUUCGGGACCUCGUCCAGACGGCGAUCUACACAAAGUCCCCAGCGGAACCCCGAGCAAAGGUGUUUGGUUUGACGUUUUUGGCAAGGGAUUCGCUGUUUUCGCCCUCAGGGGACUAUUCGCCUGGUCUCUGACCCUGCUCAUCGUGUCGCCUCUCGUUCUCGUCCUGGUCACCUUUAUUUUGGCUAAGAAUGACAAGUAUUAUUUCUUCGCCAGGAAGGUCAACACCCAAGAUCGGGAUCCAGAUGAACCUGUUACGCUCGGCGGCUUCAAGGGCUUCCUGAGGUUUCCAUUAGCCCUAGUCGUGUCCACGGGUCUCACGCUAGCAUCUGGAUUCUUGAUCAGGAAGGUCAAUCCCAUGAUUAUCUACAGCAGCGAAUAUGCCGUAUGGGGCAUGAUGCUCUCGUUGUUCUAUAUCGCCCUCUGGACGGUGGUGAAAGGCUCCAGCGCGGUAAGGCCAAGCGCCCUGCAGCGGGGUUUCGUCCAUAUCUGGCUCUUCACCCUUGGCUGGGCUAUGCUAGUCGCCGUCGCGGUUUUUGCGGAUCGAUUCCGAAUUGCGUCCGGCUAUCCCAUUGUUUUCCUCAAUUCUGCAUUGUUCCUGUCCACCUUGAUCACCCUGCUCGAACUGUUCGCCCUACCGUCGAAGCAGGAAUUUGCUCGGAGCUUGCACGACGACGAUCGCCAAGCUGAUGAUGAUGAUGGCGUCAGUGAGGGCUCCCACACAGACGUCCUCAUCGCCCCGACGCCCGGUGAAAUGGAACAUACUUACUCUUCCCACGAGGAAUCUGACGAAGAGGAACCAGAACCUACCGAGAGGACACCCCUGAGGAGCGCAGAGUCCAGGCCUGACCAAACGUCAAGGACAACAUUUGGACAAGCUUACAGGCGUUCCAUCUCCGCAGUCUCAGUCGCAAGCAAUGACGAUGAGGGACGCCACAAGCCUUUCGAAAGAGAACAGCCUUGGUCUGGCCGGUUGCCGACCUGGACAUGGUUCCUUCAGCUGUUAAUUCUGGCACCGAUCACCAUCCUCCUUUUUGGCCAGAUAGGUCUUGUCCUGUCUUCGUCCACCCAGGCUUCUGGGGCAGAUGGAGGCGAUGCCCUCUUCAGCUACCUGGCAAUCGCCAUAUUUUCCGUCUUCGUUCUGUUACCUCUGUCCCCAUUCCUGCACAGGGUAACUUUCCACAUCCCCACCGUCCUCUUCGCCGUGUUCCUGGGCACUCUGAUCUAUAACCUUGUUGCCUUUCCCUUUUCUGCGAACAACCGAUAUAAGGUCUACUUUCAGCAGGACAUCUUCUUGGAUAACGGGACGACGACAGUGCAAAUCACCGGCAUCGAGAAAUACGUGCGCAUGAUUAUGAAGGAGCUGCCUUCUGCUGCUGGCAAGCCAGUCAUUUGCGAGGACUCUCCUGGGAGAUCCGGACUCAGGAACUGCAGAUACGAUGGUUCCUCUGUCCCGCCCAACCUCACCGAGCACCUCAGAGAAGGCCGGUCCACUUCCGAGGACCGGUACGACGGCUUGGUAUCUGUGAACAUCACCAGAUCGCAUCGUGGACGACUGAACAAGGCUACCCUCAAGAUCGACGCGCAGGAGUCGAAAGCAUGCAAAGUCUCGUUCGACCAACCUGUGUCUAUGUUCAACAUUCGAGGCGGGGCUGGCCUAGAUAGCCGCUUUGGGCAAUACCCUGAGGAGGGCGUGAGCGUGCUCCAGCUCUUCCGUAGAAGCUGGUCAGGGCCGUGGAUUGUGGACGUUGAGUGGAAGGAUGAUGCCACCCAGUCAGGAGAGAGAGGUGGUGGCAUUGAUGUUGAGCCUGUUGAGCCGGCGGAAGAUGAUCAUGGCACAGAGCUCAGGAGGCGAUCUGUUUUCGGAGGCAAAGUGGAAUGCCAGUGGAGCGAUGCCAAUUUGCCUGGUACGAUGCCGGCCUACGACGAAUGCCUGCAGUACUCACCGGACUGGGCCGCCUUCUCCAAAUAUUCCGUGGGUUUGGUCCAAGGCAUCAAAAGAUUCUCGGUCCGAGACUAG